GGGUUGUGUCUGUUCUUGUCCUGCGUCCUUAGUCAUAAGGAUGAUGGCCACAGGGACCGCUCCAGUCCCGGGAGAGUCACUGGACCCUGACACAGGGCUUUGUGAGCAGCAGAGGAGUUGAGCCAGAAGGAUGAUGUCUGGUGUUUGAGGCAAUGAAGAGAUGUCUCAGGAACAGAGCGACCAUGCGUGUAAGGAGGUUGAACUCCCGAACACUGUAAAGGCUCAGUUACAUCCAGUGAUUAAGGCUUUCCUUUGUGGCUCCAUCAGUGGUACCUGUUCCGCACUCCUCUUCCAGCCUCUGGAUCUCCUCAAAACCCGCCUGCAGACCCUGCAGCCCUCAGACCUAGGGCCCAGGCGAGUUGGGAUGUUGGCUGUGUUCUUGAAGGUGGUUCGCACAGAAAGUCUUCUGGGCCUUUGGAAAGGGAUGUCUCCCUCCAUCGUGAGAUGUGUCCCUGGCGUAGGAAUCUACUUUGGCACCCUGUAUUCUUCGAAGCAGUAUUUCUUGCGAGGCCAUCCUCCCACUGCCCUGGAGUCAGUCAUCCUGGGCAUGGGCUCACGCUCUGUGGCAGGAGUCUGCAUGUCACCCAUCACAGUGAUCAAGACACGCUAUGAGAGUGGGGCUUACAGCUAUGAGAGCAUCUAUGCAGCCCUGAGGAACAUCUACUGCAGCGAGGGCCACCGUGGCCUCUUCAGGGGGCUGACAGCAACUCUCCUUCGAGACGCCCCUUUCUCAGGGCUCUACCUGAUGUUUUACAGCCAGACCAGAACCACAGUGCUCCAUAGCACAGCCCAGCUGGAUGCUGCUCUGAUGCCCCUUGUUAAUUUCAGCUGUGGGGUAUUUGCUGGCAUUCUGGCUUCACUGGUGACUCAACCUGCAGAUGUGAUCAAAACUCAUAUGCAGCUCUCCCCAGUGAAGUGUCAGUGGAUUGGCCAAGUGGCCACUCUCAUCUUCAAGAACCAUGGGCUGCGUGGCUUCUUUCAUGGCAGUGUUCCCCGGGCCCUCCGUAGGACGCUGAUGGCCGCCAUGGCGUGGACUGUCUAUGAAGAGAUGAUGGCCAGGAUGGGCCUGAAGUCCUGAGCAGAGGGCUGGGAAAGGAAGACCUGCUGGUUCCUGCUGGUUCCUGCUAUGAGCUGCUGUCGCUCACUCUCCUGGAGUCAGCAGAAGAGUGUGCUGUCUGAAGAGCCAGGCACACGUGCUGUUGCCUUUAGUCCUGCAUUCAGAGAGAGUAGCUGGGUGGCUGGAGCCUCAGGCGUGGAGUUGCCAGUGCCUGUCACUCCAUGCAUACUCCCCAUCAGUGCUACAUCAGUGGAAGUUGACCAUGGCUGCCCCAAAAGGCUACUUGAGAGGAGGCCUCUGCAAGGUCGCUGUUUCAGCCACCUGCCUACAUUACAGGGUGCCUUAGAAUGCUGGUAACGAAGGAAUCCCACAACAGAGAAGGUCUGAGGGCAAGAGUCUCAAGUUAGGGAAGAUUGGACCUGAGAGAGCUGUGGUGGACCAGUGAGAUGGCUCAGCAAGGGAAGGUGCUUGUCAGAGGCCCGCGCUGGCUCGCCGGACCCAGGAGGGGAGGAAAGAAUUGCUGCAGUUUGUCCCUUCACUUCCUCCCGUGCAUUGUGGCAAGCACCCAGACCCAAUAAACAAAUAAAUAAAUACUUUUUUUAAAUAAAGACA